GCGGAGCCGGGCGGGCGGCGGGAGUCGGCGCGCCUGGUUCCUGCUCUUGGUGUCGAGGCGGUGGCGGACGGGCGUCCGGGGAUGGCCUUCAUGGAGAAGCCGCCAGCCGGCAAGGUGCUGCUGGACGACACGGUGCCGCUGACAGCAGCCAUCGAGGCGAGCCAGAGCCUGCAGUCCCACACGGAGUAUAUCAUUCGGGUGCAAAGAGGAAUAUCAGCAGAAAACAGUUGGCAGAUCGUUAGGAGAUACAGUGACUUUGAUUUGCUGAACAACAGCUUGCAGAUUGCAGGCCUCAGUCUACCUCUUCCUCCCAAAAAAUUGAUUGGUAACAUGGACCGUGAAUUCAUAGCUGAGAGGCAGAAAGGUCUGCAGAACUAUCUCAACGUUAUCACCACAAAUCAUAUCUUGUCUAAUUGCGAGCUGGUUAAGAAGUUUUUAGACCCAAACAACUACUCUGCAAACUACACUGAGAUUGCCUUACAGCAAGUUUCCAUGUUCUUCCGAUCAGAACCAAAGUGGGAGGUGGUAGAACCGUUGAAAGACAUAGGUUGGAGGAUAAGGAAGAAAUAUUUCUUGAUGAAGAUUAAAAAUCAGCCAAAGGAACGGCUAGUGUUAAGCUGGGCUGACCUUGGUCCUGACAAGUUUCUGUCAGAUAAAGAUUUUCAGUGUCUAAUCAAACUUCUGCCUUCCUGUUCGCACCCUUAUAUCUAUCGGGUCACCUUUGCCACAGCUAACGAAUCCUCUGCAUUGCUUAUUAGGAUGUUUAAUGAAAAAGGAACUUUGAAGGACCUGAUCUACAAGGCAAAACCAAAAGACCCAUUCCUAAAGAAGUACUGCAACCCUAAGAAGAUUCAGGGCCUUGAACUCCAGCAAAUAAAAACAUACGGACGGCAAAUAUUAGAGGUACUGAAGUUUCUACAUGACAAGGGAUUCCCUUAUGGACAUCUUCACGCCUCCAAUGUGAUGCUCGAUGGUGACACUUGCCGGCUGCUAGACCUUGAAAAUUCCUUAUUAGGCCUUCCUUCCUUCUACCGAUCCUAUUUCUCACAAUUCAGGAAAAUCAACACAUUGGAAAGCAUGGACGUCCACUGCUUUGGCCACUUACUGUAUGAAAUGACUUAUGGAAGACCGCCAGACUCAGUGCCUGUAGAUUCCUUCCCUCCUGCACCGUCUAUGGCUGUGGUGGCCGUGUUGGAGUCCACGCUGUCUUGUGAAGCCUGUAAAAAUGGCAUGCCUGCCGUCUCCCGGCUCUUACAGAUGCCAUUAUUCAGUGAUGUUUUACUAACCACUUCUGAAAAGCCACAGUUUAAGAUCCCCACAAAGUUAAAAGAGGCAUUGAGAAUCGCCAAAGAAUGUAUAGAGAAAAGACUAAUUGAAGAACAGAAACAGAUUCACCAGCAUCGAAGACUGACAAGAGCUCAGUCUCACCAUGGAUCUGAAGAAGAAAGGAAAAAGAGAAAGAUUUUAGCUCGAAAGAAGUCAAAACGAUCUGCGAUUGAGAACAGUGAAGAGCAUUCAGCAAAAUACAGCAACUCCAAUAAUUCAGCAGGAUCUGGGGCCAGCUCACCUCUCACAUCCCCAUCGUCACCGACUCCACCCUCUACAGCAGUAGAGCAUGCACCAUUUUGAACGUGAAUUUUCGGUAAAGUAAGCUAUACUGGUUUCUCUAACUUUAAAGAUGCUCUGUUUCUGGAUGUGAAAUGGGGCCCAGUGUGUGGAGAUCGCAGAAGUGAUGAACAAAUGGGAAAGCAGAUUUGGGACGAUUUCCUUAUCUGAACAUCUAAACGAAAUACAGCAUCUUUAAAAAGCACCCAAAUGACUUCAUCUACAUUCAUUUCAUUUUCACUGUGACCUUCAAAAUCUUCAUUUCCACUCUGAUUGUAGUUUUAAAACACAGCUCAAAACCUGCAAAUCAACCACAUGGCAUUUUGUUCUAUUUUCUUUUUGGAAAGUGGGAUCCCACAGUGUUGGUGCAGCAAAAAUAUUGGUUCCCUGUUACUCUGAUGCAGGGAAAGAGUGUUAGCCGGUUGAGUUCUUGAUUUCAGGAAGACAGCUCACCGGCUUUUAUAACGGACAGUAGGGAAAAACAGUUCUCUAGAGCAUCCCUACUAAUUCUUGCGUUGGGACAUGAGUGCAGCCUUCUCAUCUACCUGAGGAAAAAUACAAAGGCAGUUGCCAAGAGCUGGGAGCGUGGUCUGCUUCCAGGGGUCACUGCUCUCUGCUCCCUCUCGAGGAUGGCUAGCAGGUCUAGUGUUGGUCUGGUGGCCCUGUGGUCUCCCCGCUUCUAUUCGCAGACCACAAAGACAGACCUGCAGAGACUUGUAGAUGGCCCACUGCUAAAACUGGCCCCAAAGAAAGGGCAGUCCCCAGACGUUCUUUCCCCAAGGCUGGUGAGGGUCUUUCUGGCAAGGCUUUCCACUCUAGAUCUAACUGAGGCUCUGGAUUGCCAGGUUCUCAUUAGUGGUAAAUGGGAUUCUGGGGAGGAUAAAGUAGCUGGCUUUGGGAUUUUUGACUAGGAGUAGGUAGGAUGGAAGAGAACUGUUCCGGAGCAUCCCUCAUCCUGGGUUUGGAAGCCAGUAUUUUUCAAAGCUGGGUAAAUUCAGUUAGCAACCAACCUUUCCCCCCACCCCUUUAAAUUUUUAAUUUAAAUUCUAAUUAACAACCAAUGUAACACAGAAUCUGUCUGGUCUUAUCUGUGGCCUGGGGGUAAGGGCUUUUGGGUACCUGUUGGCGGGGAGGAGUCAGUGGCUGUCAGGCCUGCCUCAGGCCACAUAGCCAGUUCUGAAUUUGGCCCCUAUCAGUAUUGCCAACUGUUAGAACAUGUUGUAGCUUAAGCCCCGACAAACUUUAAAGGAAGCUUGUGGACUAUAGAGAAGGUAAAAAGAAAAGGCCAAAAAAUCUUGGUGUUGGGCCUGCAGUCAGUGGCUGAGUCCCUGGGUCUGUUCUUGCUUCCUCUCCUCCUGACCUUCUGACCGUGGGACUUCCUCCCCACUUCCAGAGUGUUCUGAGCUGGCAAGAUGAGGUCUGGCCUUGCCCUGGUUGUACACCUGAAUAUCGGCCCUCAUUGUCUCAGGCCCAGUAAGGAAAGUGGGCCUCGUGGGACAGUUAGGCCCUUUGGGUCUGGUCCGGCCCUCUAGGGACAGAUGCCAGGGUUACUUUGUUCCUUACCCUUGGAUGAACAGCCUCUCCUUUUGCACAGACCUCCACGUCUCAUUUGCUUUAUAAGCACAGGUUACUCUUUGACACUUGGGACCGUCUGUUUAUUUAUGCUACCUACAUAUUCAAGGAGAUUCAUUUAAAGCCAUAACAAUCUCAAACUUUACGUGGAAAAAUACAGAUCCAGGUACUGAAUAUCAAUCCAACUCCCAAACUCUGAGAUAGUCAAUUUGCACUUUUAAUUUUGAGUGGCUGGUAAUGCAGCCAAAGUUGAGGGUGGGCUCCUCAUGAGGGCCAAGCAGAUUUGUUCUGUGCCAAGAGGCAACCCAGAUCCAGGUCCAGCAGCUGAGACCCACUCUAGCCUCCCAGAGUCCCGGGCUGGAGGGGUAGCAGGUCUCCGGAUGGCUCUUCUGUGCCUUUAGCACAAAACCAGUGCUAUUGCAGCCCGGAGCCUAUCUUCCCUCUUAGAACCUGCAGUGCCUCUUCUCUCCGAAAAUUCUGGAGCCCCUUCUGAUACAGGGCAGGCGCUGAAUGUCAAACCCAGAUGCUGGCCAGUGGGCGGCACUGCGGGGCUUCCGCACCUGCUGGCUCCUUGGGGCACUCUUGGUGCUGCUGUUGAGUCCCAAGAGCCUUCAGAGACACCCCCUUCCUCCUGGGAUUUCACUGGCCACUCUCCAAAACCCCCUUCUAGCAUGCUUAUUCUCCCUGCUCUUCUCACCUUAGCAAACAUUGUGGGUUUAAAGUCCUUUUUAUCUUUUUAACCCUGUAACACACAGCUGUGAACAUUUUUCCCCAAGUCACCCUAGUAGAAAACAUACUAUGACUUCAUUCAUUGGUUGUUACUAUGUAGUACCAGUGAGAAUUACAUUUUGUUCAUUUGUCUGUAUUUAAUGUUUAUUCAUAUUGCUGUAUUUUCAUCAUUUGAGAAUUCUAAGAUUGCAGAGCAUGAAUGUAUGUGUCUGUGUGAUUCUUUAAUUGCAGCUGGCUUAGGUUUGAGUAAAAGAUGAAAGGAAGGUAAGUGGUCUUCCAUGAAAUACAAGACUUUGAACUGUUAUGUGUCACGCUCGGUGAAAAGGAUGCUCUUAGCUAAGUACUUGGUGAUCCUGAACCACUCAUCCAUAGAAACUCAGGUGGUGAAGGGUAUGUUUACUUGUUACCAGCACAGCUCAGCAGCAGGUUAGAGGGGAGGAACACCUAACAGGAUGUGUUGCUGUGUAGCCCUAGGAGGGGCUGAGACUAAGGCCAGAAACAGGGGAGUCACCGAGAGCUGCAGGAUUCCCAGGUGACAGGACACGUUACUCUGCCGCACCAGCAAGUUCUUUAAAGCAGGUCUUUGGCUGUACUCAGCUUUUAUUUUGUCCUAGGAGAGUAACUCAUUCAUCGAUUCAAAACUGUAACUGCCACAUGUUGGCGUGCCUGGAAGCUAAGGGAAGCUUUAGAUAUGUGUCCAGUUCCCUUUCCUUGUCCGCCCGGGCGGAGUCUCUCCUGACGCUCAGCGAAGGUGCAGGGUUAUUGCAGCUGCGAUCUGUUCCCGGGUGAAGCCCCGUGGAAGGAAGGUGCUGAGGACGACUCCUCCCUGAGAAGACUGCUCCCAGGGAGACAGCCUUCUGCCCCCUGCUUUGCGCUGCUAACAGUUAUUAGCAUUUUAUAUUUCUUUAAUGCAGCCUAAUAGAAAAUGAUUAUUCAAGACACACGCCCCUGGGGAACCUUCAAACCCAGCAGGCACUGUUCUUUGCCUAGAAUCCUGAGUGGCUUGUCAUUUUCUGUUAAAUCACAUCCUUCAAAUAUUGUGUGUGUUGGGGCAGCUAAAGAAAUGUUCGUCCCUUGUCAGUGAUUGAUACUCAGGUAGCCCAACUCUGUGCAUACAAAUGUCUGUCUUGACUUGCUGGCUCAGUAGGUGCCCUGGACCUGCCUGAAGCAGCUGAUGGAACUUUUCUUUGGGGACCACUGCUAAAAUUUGGAAAUGGAGUUAAGAGCCUCACCUAUGCAGGGAGAAUGUCACUGUGUAGAGUUUCAUGUCAUCUGUGAUAUUCAGUCUUAGAUGACUUAUUACCUGGGGAAAAUGGCAACCUUUAAUUAAUUCCCCUUUGAUGCUUCUAGUUAGCACUUAAAAAAAAACACACGGUACUGCGUAUCUUGGUCCCUCUGCGGGAAAACAUUGGCAGGCUCAUCGAAGUCCCUUCUACCCAGGACUGAGCAGUAGUAGCAUGUGCGGGGGGGUUGGGAGAGAUGAUA